AUGGCUACAAUCCCGACGCGCAAUGACCGUCGAAUCAUCCUCCACCUGGAUUAUGACUGCUUUUACGCUUCAGUGUUCGAGGUGGAACAACCAGCCUUGAAGUCCUUACCUUUAGCUGUGCAACAAAAGCAAAUUAUCGUGACAUGUAAUUACGAAGCCCGAAGACGAGGACUACGCAAGCUACAGCUCAUCAAAGACGCGAAGCGAACGUGUCCUGACGUGAUAAUCGUUCUAGGCGAAGACCUGACCAGGUUUCGCGAUGCAUCCAAGGAUCUUUAUCUUUUCAUUCGCGGCUUCAUAUGGGGCGGACGAGUGGAGAGGCUGGGGUUCGAUGAGCUUUCUCUGGAUGUUACUGAGAUGGUUGACUAUAAUGUCAACCUUUUGAAUCCGAAUGAUCUGGCUGCUUCAUUUUUCCACCUGGAUUCCAAGGACCCGACUGUUGGGUUUGCCUACGACGCGACAAAGGUUUCGGGCUUGACUAUUCCUGUGGCGACAGAGAAGACCUCUUUUUCUACAUGUGAUACAUCAUCACUAGAAAUGAAGUUGGCGGUCGGAUCGCAUCUGCUCAAGUAUCUCAGGGAUCGGAUGGAACAUGAUAAGGGCUUCACGGCUACAGGAGGAGUGUCCACAUCCAAGCUGCUGGCAAAAUUAGUGGGAAGUGUCCACAAACCUAAUAAUCAGACCACUCUACUUCCACCAUACUCAACCUCUAAAGAAGGUACUGAGAGCAACGUGACCCAGUUCCUGGAUAGUUAUGAGAUCCGCAAAAUCCCCGGCAUCGGAUCGCGACUUGCGCAGAAACUGAGAGCCCGUGUCUCAGGAGAGAGCGCGAGCGAGGAUGAAAUUACGGUCCGAGAUGUCCGUCUAUACCCUGGAAUGGGUCCUGCCAUGUUGGAGAAAACGCUGGGGGGACCUGGUGCCGCCCGAGGAAUUGGGAUGCGCAUGUGGGGGAUUCUACACGGUGUCGACAAUGGUGAAGUCCUCGAGGCCCGAGAUUUACCCACUCAGAUCAGUAUCGAGGACUCCUACGGCCGUGGUCGAUUUGAUACUGUCGAAAAUGUGCGUCGUGAGCUCGUAGUCCUGACUAAGAGUUUGAUCCGACGCAUGAGAACGGAUCUAUUGGACAGCGAAGGAAGCCCACGGUGGCUAGCCCACCCUCGAACCUUACGUCUAUCUACUCGGCCUCGCAAUGCUCCCGAGACUGACGGUGUGCGAACAUACAAUGCCAAUCGUAUUUCCAGGUCAUGUCCACUCCCGACGUUUAUCUUCAAUCUGGAUGAGAACCUCGAUGGACUGGCUGAACGACUUGUUCAAGAGAGUCUUCUGAGCAUGUUUCGGAAAUUGAAUCCUGAAAAGUCGGGGUGGGACUUGAGUUUGAUGAAUGUGGCUGUGACGAACCUGGUGGAGAGUGCGGGGGAUCAAAAGCAAAGUAGUGGGCGAGACAUACAAAAAAUGUUCCGACAGCAAGAAACGGUUCUCAGGGAUUGGAAUGUACCCGUGGAUACAAUGUCUUGCGCCACUGACACUGCCACUUUCCCUGUUCCUGGUUCGGAGAUACCGGGGACAGAUGAUAAUGACAAUGACGAUGAUAAUGAUAGCAUUGAAUGGGACAAGGAAGAAGAAGAGGAUGAGAACGGAUUCAGUAUUCAGUGUGAGAUUUGUUCAGCAGCGAUUCCCCAUUUUGCACAAUUAGCACAUAGACUGCGCAGUCUCCCUAAUUUCACCAGUCACAGAGUUCCUAUACUGACACUUCUUCCAGCGAGAUCUCAAGCCUCAGAAGCGAUCCGCCAGAUCACGCCGAUCGAUAACCCGGUCAUCCGCACCCCUGCACACCAAAUACACCACCUUUCACACUUCGACCUAACCCUCGAACUACAUCGCGACGGGACGCGUAUAAAGCUAGAGCUAGAGCCAAACCACGAUAUUCUCGCCGACGAUGCUUUCGUGCAAUAUAUCAACACCGACGGUUCGUUGACGGAUGGUGAGCCCAUCCAACGACAUGAACACAAGGUCUUCCGCGGUCGCGCACUAGUGGGCUCGGGGAAGGGCCGAUGGACACCAUCAGGCUGGGCCAGAGUGACGGUCCUGAGGGAUGGUGAGGAUCCAUUGUUCGAAGGCGCGUUCAGCAUCGGACACGACAAACACCAUAUUGAGCUGCAGUCGACCUACUCUGCCAAAAAACGGCCAAUCGACGCGAGUAUCGAACAUCGGGACCGGGACUAUAUGGUUGUUUACCGCGACUCCGAUAUGAUUCGAAUGCAGCCAGAUCACCCAGACCUGAGGCGGUCUCUGCCUGCGUCGCCUGGCUGUGGAGCGGACAAGUUGGACUACAAUGCCGACUUGACUAAUUCCUUAUUUCCCUUUGGAGCUGGAGAGGACAAUGGCCACUGGGGGGUCACAUCUUUGAAUUCGCUGUUUGGUCUGGGUAAGCGGAAUGAUGUCGGUGGAAUCUCAGGCAACACGGGCGGCGUCAACUUGAAAUCCACGAUUGGAGAUACAUCUGGGUGUCCGAAGACGAAGAAAGUAGCGCUGAUUGGAGUCGCUACGGAUUGCAAAAUGACCGACUACUUUUCUGACAACACCACUGUUACUGCCAUGGUUGCUGCGAAAAACUACGUUAUCAACAUCGUGAAUACCGCCUCUAGCCUCUACGAAGAAUCUUUCAACGUGUCGAUCGGUCUGCGCAAUCUGACCAUUAACAAGGAAUCGUGUCCGACCUCAAAUAACGAUGCCACCCCAUGGAAUGUUGACUGCGCGAGUGGCAAUCUCACCUGGAGACUGAACGAGUUCUCGAAAUGGCGGGCGGAUAAUCAGGACGACAACGCAUACUGGACGCUUAUGACGGGCUGUGCAACUGGCUCAGAAGUUGGUGUUUCCUGGAUGGGCCAGCUGUGCACCUCCGACUUGACCAGUGAUGGCUCUAGCUCCGUCUCUGGAACCAAUGUCGUGGUUGGCAAUGCAGGCAGCACGUGGCAAAUCUUUUCCCAUGAAAGUGGUCACACAUUUGGAGCAGUUCACGACUGCGACUCUGACACAUGUGCUCAAGGCCUAGAGGACUCGUCCCAGUGCUGCCCGCUAACGUCGUCAACGUGCAACGCCAAUGCCCAAUAUAUCAUGAAUCCCUACGCGUCGUCAAGCAUGACCAAUUUCUCCGAGUGUACGAUUGGCAACAUCUGUUCCGCCAUCGGCCGCAACAGCAUCAAGUCCACCUGUCUAACCGAUAACCGCGGCGUAGUGACCAUCACCGGCAGCCAAUGCGGAAACGGCAUCGUCGAGGCAGGCGAAGAGUGCGAUUGCGGAGGCACAGAAGCCUGCGGUGACAAUGCCUGCUGUGAUGCGACAACCUGCAAGUUCAAGUCUGGCGCUGUCUGUGACGACUCCAACGACAACUGUUGCUCCAGCUGUCAAUAUUCCUCAUCAGGCACCGUCUGCCGCGCCAGUACAGGCGUCUGUGACAUUGCCGAAACAUGUACCGGCAAUUCCAGCGCCUGUCCAAGCGACGAAUAUAAGAAAGAUGGAACCUCCUGCGGUUCCUCAGGACAGGGCCUUGCCUGCGCAAGUGGCCAGUGUACCAGCCGCGACUACCAAUGCCGCUCUGUACUCGGUAGUGUGCUCAGCAGCAACGACUCCUGGGCUUGCGGAAACACCAAUGCCCCAUCUUGCAUGAUUGUCUGCGGUGCCCCAUCCAUCGCCGCAGAAUACGGCUCCUCAACUUGCAUCGAGAUGAACCAGAACUAUCUCGACGGCACACCAUGUGACUCCGGUGGCUACUGCAGCAAUGGCCAAUGCAAGGGCUCAUCCGUAAAGGGAUGGAUAGACGAACAUAAGCCCAUAGUCAUUGGUGUCUGCGUUGGAGUUGGGUGCUUGAUCCUUCUUGCUCUGCUGUACUGCGUCACCAGCUGGUGUCGUGGAGCUAGCGCCCGUCGACGAAUGGCUAAGAACCCUCCACCGCGAUACGUUGGUCCGCCACCAGGAUACGCCGGCCCUCCUCCAGGAUAUACUGGUUCUCAACCUGGAAUGCGUGGACCUCCUGCUCCGAAUCAGUGGGCUCCUAAUGCGUAUCAGAAUGUUCCUCCACCACGUACGCAAUACGGUUGA